AUGGCUAAUCCUAACGCUGACGUCUAUGCUAUCUUAGACCAAUACCCGGAACUCUCUGUUACAUUCAACACAUGGGAAAUCUCAGAGAUCCGCCAGUCAUGGGCUUCCAUGCGCGACGACAAACAUGAAGUCUCUAAAGAAAAGGCAAACGUAGGAACUGCAUCUGCCUUUUUCUGCCAACAGUUUUAUGAAAACUUACUUGGAGAGUACCCUCAGCUCUCUGUUCUUUUCCCCUCCAUCAAGUCUCAGGCUUCUUCCAUGGCUGGUAUUCUCUCUCUCGUUAUCUCGCAGCUAGACAACCUUAACUCCGUCCGCGAUGUCCUCAUCGCCCUUGGCAAGCGUCAUUCUCGUAUCAUUGGUGUUGAAGUGGCCCAUUACGAGCUCGUCGGUAAUGCUCUUCUAAGAACCCUUUCGGACCGUCUUCAAGACUCUUUUUCUCCAGAACUUGAAAACGCUUGGAUCAAGUUCUUCACCUAUAUUACAAACCUGAUGCUUCAAGCUGGUGAAGACCCCCCAAUGCCCGCACAAUUUCUCUACCCUGUUCUCACUCCAACAACUUCUAACGCGUCUUCUAUCUCUGAACCUGCUCGACGAGCUCUCAAAUCUCGUUCUUCUCAGUCUAGUAUUACCCGCCCAGGUGCUCCUAAUACCUCAUCUUCAACCCACGGCAAGAUCACACCUACUUAUUCUGCUAACAACAAUAACAAUAACCACAACAACAACAACAAUAAUAAUAAUAGCAAUUCUGGGUCUCAAAGUACUCCUUCUGCCUCAAGAAACCAUUUCCACUCUCAAACUUCUGUGUCUUCUCCUUCUUCUCAUGGUGCAGGAAGCACUGCUCUUGCAGGAAACAACAGCAGCUCAAACAACCACAACGCCUACGGAACUUCUGUCAUCAACAACUCUACAAAUGCAAGUGGAUACAACCCAUCCAACUCUCAUUUCAAGACCCAAGGCAAGCAAAAAAAGCGCCGUGGAAAGGGCCAGGAAUGCUCCAUCAUGUAG